AUGUGCGCGGCGUCUACGGCGGCGGGUCAUUUCGCCGCUAGAAGAGCGGCCGAGGAGUGCGAGAGAGGGUGCGCGGGCGCGGCGCCGGCGCCGGCUCUUGAACCCGUUCCUUAUUUGUAUUUCCGUGCCGGCUCGGCUCUUCCGCUCAGAACACGGCGCUCUGUUUGCUCGAAGUCUGCCCCAAAAUGUACAACUACAUCCUUCCGACGCAAAAUU